GCGCACGCUCAGAGCAGACCGCUAGCAGGAGGGAGGAUGUGACUAAGACCCUGGAAGCUGAUGGCCAGAGGGAGGGAAAGGUAGUCACAGAGGAGAGGCAAAGCAACGGGAGGUGGUGGAUCCUGGAGGUGACUGCAAGGAGAGUACGCAGUGGCGAGGGGCUGCAGAAGCGGACCCAGCGACUUCUGCGCCGACGCGGGGCGGGCGGGAGAGAGGAAGAGAGGGGAGCGCGGUGGCGCUGCGGGCUGGCCCAGCCGGGGAGGGGGCUGCCAUGUCCCGUGAGCGGCCCCCGGGCACCGACAUUCCCCGCAACCUGAGCUUUAUUGCCGCGCUAACGGAGCGCGCCUACUACCGUAGCCAGCGGCCCAGCCUCGAGGAGGAGCCGGAGGAGGAGCCAGGCGAGGGCGGGACGCGGUUCGGGGCACGAUCCCGCGCUCACGCACCUAGUCGGGGCCGCCGGGCCCGCUCAGCACCAGCCGGAGGCUGCGGGGCUCGGGCGCCCCGCAGCCGUAGCCCAGACACCCGCAAGAGAGUGCGUUUCGCCGACGCACUGGGGUUGGAGCUGGCUGCCGUGCGCCGCUUCCGUCCCGGUGAGCUGCCCAGGGUGCCCCGCCACGUGCAGAUCCAACUGCAGAGGGACGCCCUCCGCCACUUCGCGCCCUGCCAGCCCCGCGCCCGCGGCCUCCAGGAGGCGCGCGCCGCUCUGGAGCCGGCCAGCGAGCCAGGCUUCGCCGCCCGCUUGCAGGCGCAGCGCAUCUGCCUGGAACACGCGGAGGCGGGCCCGAUGGGCGUGGCCGGGAGCGCGCGCGUGCUGGACCUGGCCUACGAGAAGCGCGUGAGCGUGCGCUGGAGUGCGGACGGCUGGCGGAGCCAACGCGAGGCGCCCGCGGCCUACGCCGGCCCGGCCCCGCCUCCGCCGCGCGCCGACCGCUUCGCCUUCCGCCUGCCCGCGCCGCCGAUUGGGGGCGCCCUGCUCUUCGCUUUGCGCUACCGUGUGACAGGUCACGAGUUCUGGGACAACAACGGCGGCCGUGACUAUGCUCUACGUGGGCCCGAGCACCCGGGCAGUGGCGGAGCCCCGGAGCCCCAGGGCUGGAUCCACUUUAUCUGAGAAGAGGCGCCUGCAGCCGACGGCUGAAAACACCAAAGGCACCCGGGGGCGGGGGGACCCGAUAUGGCGGGGAGGAAUAGGAGAGACCAGGAUUGGCGGGGAGCGGUCCAAGGGAGUCAAGCCGGGGAGGGCAAGAAUGGUGGGGAAAUCAGUGGCGUGGGGGCGGGGAGGCCGGGGGAGUGGGCGGAACCAACGAAGCUCAGGGAGAUCCGGGUGUUAAAGGCUGGUUGGAUGUGACUGAAAGGGACCCAGACUGUAGGAGGAAGGAGACCCGAAACGGCACCGGAGGGAUUAGAAAAAAAGGAAAAGAAUGAGGAUGAUGGUGGCUUUCCCUUCAGUGAGUGGGCACUGGGAGAAAGGGAGGAGGUCCAUCAGGCCUAGGCAGUUGAAGAAGGUUAAGAACCUUUUGGAGACGAAGGAGGUAUGAUGUGAAGUAGCCCACCCGGUCGAAGUCAUUUAGAUUGCUGGCGCAUUCCCUCUUCUUACCCACCUUUUCCACCUCAGAUCCCCCUGUCCUACCCAUCCUAGCUUUAACUCAGCCAUAAUUGCCUUGCUUAAUCCCAGGAACCUGGCCACUGCUCCUUGGUCCUUGGCAUUAUGACGAGAUUCCCUUGUCACCUCUGACAGUUCCCGGCUGCGGUGUCCGCGGACUGGCUGGGGAGUGAUGACAGGUAGCCAUCAGAGCUCCAGCCUCCAGGCAGCUUUAGGGAUUAAAAUGGAGGCCAAAGCAACUCCAGACCUGUUUUUAUAGCCAAAUACUGUGGUGCCUCAGGGGUUGUACACUCAGGGGCUUCCAGGAAAAUGCCAACCUUACUUUUCUGGGGUGCCUUUUAAUAACCUCCAAGCACUUUAUGGACUGUUUGUCGAGGGACGGUGAAUCAGGAGAAUGACUAUUGUGAUUUCCUUUGUCUCCGAAAAGGAAUUCCCUGACUAGCUAUAUAACUUUGGGCAAGUUACUUCACCUCUUUGUGCCCCAGUUUUUUCCUUGGAAAAUUGGAUUUAGGUUAGAUGAUCUUUUAAGGCUCCUUGUAUGAUAUUUUGUGAUCUGUACAUGGCAGAGUAUAGAUUAGAAGCCACAUUCUGCAACCUAGUGCUAUGAUUCAGAAUACAUAGUACCCCAAGCAUCUGGCUGGGGCCGAGGAUGGGUCCUCCAGUUCUCGGCACAGAUGUUCCAGAGCCCACGAAGCAUCCCAUAACCAACCAUUAGCCCAUCAUCUGCUCCAUUUUGCUCUUGCCCUCACAGACUUUCAGCCUCCAUGCUCUGAGACAACUGUGGAUAGGUACAUCUCUUUUGGUGAAAAUGAUGCUUGAGAACCCAAAAGAUUAAAGGAAACAAUGUUAGGGGCUUUUGUGGGGAUAAAAGAUAAUGGGUAUGUGGAAUAGAAACAUUUCAAAUGAAGAAUCAAAACAUUUCAAUCAAUCCACUUGGUUGUAAAAAAACAAAACAAAACAAACAAAUAAAACACCUAAGCAACUUGAAUAGUAAAUGACACCAGAAGAUGGCAGUCUGCUCCAUAACCAGAGCAAGUGCAGUGGGAAAGCUGGACUGUCAUACCCACUCACAUUCAUGCCUUAUGUCUCUCCUCCUGGUUAACCUUAAGAGGGGAGUGAUUCCUCUGCUGGCUGCUGUUUUUCCUUUUCUCUUACCCUAUUCCUAACCUCUUUGCUUCUCUCUUUCUUUCCUUGUGUCUCUCCCUUCUCAUCACUUUUUUCUUUUAACAUACAGGGUAUUUACCUUCAUUUUGUCUAUUUCCAUUUGUUUCCUUCUUCUUUCUUGUUCAUCUCUGCUAUUCCUUCUCCCUACAGAAGGGAUGGAAACCCUAUUUUCUUUUCUCCAAGACCAUGGUUGGUCUACUUUCCUCACUCGGGCUCCUUGACAGUCUUCUAGAAGAGAGGAGGAGGAAAAGAAGCAGUUUCUGAUGUUACAGAUGAACAAGGAUCUCCCAGGUAACCAACUCUCCACACCCAUUUCUGUUACUAAUUUCUCAAAGAGAAAUUUCUGGUUCCCCUUCUUCCUUAUCACUGAGUGAAGGGGGACAGGCAUGCACAUGUGCCCAUACAUGCAUUCAGAAUAGAGUGUGGGGGCGGGUGUGAUGGAUCACGCCUGUAAUCCCAACUCUUUGGGAGGCUGAGGCAGGUGGAUCAUUUGAGGUCAGAAGUUCAAGACCAGCCUGGCCAACAUAGUGAAACCCUGUCUCUACUAAAAAUACAAAACUUAGCCAGGCAUGGUGACUCCUGCCUGUAGUCCCAGCUACUCGGGAGGCUGAGGCAGGAGAAUCACUUUAACGGGGAGAUGGAGGUUGCAGUGAGCUGAAAUUGCGCCACCGCACUCCAGCCUGGGUGACAGUGAGACUCCAUCCCAAAAAAAGAAAAGAAGAAGAAUGGAGUAUGGGGCUUGUUACCAUGCCCCACCUGUCCACAACCUUAGUCUUUGAGAAAAGAUGACUGAAAGAGAGGAACCCUCCAAGUCAUUCCUCAAACAAAUGCCCAUUUAAACAUCAUCCUUGUGAAGAAAACAGGAAGAAUGUCAUGUACCACGUGGAUCACCUUCAGUUCAAAGUUGCAGCAAAGUGAAGAAAGAAACUACUGGAAGCCACCCAGCAAUGCACUGUUUAGUCAUCAAUUAGGAGCCCACGGGAGGAUAAUAGGGAGACUGGGUGGAGGCUCAGUUUGUAAUAAUCUCUUGUCUAAUGUAUGUGUGUCACUGCCAUGUUGUAUUAACAAUAGUGAGGGCUCACAUUUACUUAAUACCUGUGUGCUAAAAUCUGGUUUUUUUUCUUUCCAGAACUAUGAUUUGAUCAUAAAAUCUGUUUUGUUUGCGUGCAUGCCCAAAACAACCCUAUGAGUAGAACAUUAUCAUUAUCUAUGUUUUAGAGGGGAGGAAACGGGAUCAGAGAAGCUCAGUGAUUUGUUCAAGAUCGCACAGCUAGUAAAUGGCGGAAGUAGGAUUGUGAACCCAGGGAAUCUCCAGAGCCUCUGUGUAACCAUGAUGUUAUAUUUUUUUCCUCUUUAAAAACAAAAUUAAAAACCUU